ACGUAAAACAUUUUUUUCUCAAAAAUGACAAAUCUGAUAAUCGAAAAAAAGUUGGAUCUGUCUAUUCUGAAGUGUCCUGUACAAACUGAUGAAAAAAAUCCAAGUGAGAGGUCCUCCUCCCUUAAGAUAAAAUGUUGAAAACAAAAUUUCAAGUAACAUACACGAUCUAGAAAACACCGAAUGUAUAGAGUUGAUCUGCUGUGUACACUAUUGUCUAUAGAAUGAAAAAGUUAGCAAACAAGUUCGUUCACCUUCAAUCACCCCUAUGACACUUAUUGUGUCAAGGAAACGAUUUUUCAAAGAUAAGAAUGAGAAGAAAAAGAAAUAAAUAAGAUGUGGUAAAAUGCAAAAAUAGGGCUUACCAGAAUAAUCUGAGAUAUCCUCUGGAAAUAGUCUGGAGAUCUCAAAAUUUUAGAGCGCCUGAGUUGAGGCCCUAAGUCUUGUAUAAGUUGCAAUGUUGCAGAUUAUACUACAUGCAGUACAUAAAUAGAAUCUAGAAGUAAAAGGUUGGUGCUCUCCGUUAAAGUCAUGCUUUUAGUUUCUCCUAUUCAAUAACGAGCCAUAUCCAUGUUCUUCAUAAAGUAAACCAUAGCUACUUAUCAAAACAAAUACACAAUCUGAACAGUAUAGUCGUCGUAAUCAGCUAAAGGAUAAAUUUUAUAUAUUCAAAAGAAAAGAAGCCACUAGUGGGUUUAAUUUGUUUGAUUAAAGCCCACUAGUACACUUUGCUAUUAGGAAUACUGGAGGGCAGGGACCUAAAGAAGUCCAUAAAUUGAUUAUCUAAUACGUAAAUGAUGCCUAAAUGCGAUAGCUAAUAAAAAAAAACUAGACCUGAAAGUAGCUAAAAACGGUUGUCUUACAUGUACUGGUACAUUGUUAAAUUUUAAUUGUUCUAGAUCAAAACCAAAUACUUCCCAAUAUUUGAAUAUUAAAAAAAUGGAAUUGUUUGACGAAUUUCAAACGUUGAUUCAUAGUCUUCCGAUAACAAUCACAACAACAAGUCUCGAGAAAAAGCAAUAUUUAUUACGCCUAUAACUAUAAGUAAUGACGACACUGAUGCAAAUUUUCGGUAAACUAAAGUUUUGAUAAAAACUUUUAUUAAAUUUUUCUUUAUAUAAUUUCCUUUUUCUUUUUAGAAAAAUGUCAAUUAUUAUACUUCAAAAUUUAUUGAAUUAUCAUACUGAUAAUGAUUUAUUCAAUAUUCCAUCAUUAAAGAUAUUAGUUGAUUUGAUUCAAACAAGUAGCACAGUUGAGCCUGUUGUUGAGCAUGUUUUAUUUAUAUAUACAUACACAAACAAACAUGUUUCUCUCUCUUUUCAAACCGAAAAGAGUUUUGCGACACUCGGUGCUGCUUAUGGUACAGCAAAAUCUGGUUGUGAUAUAUCAGCAAUGGCUGUUAUGAGACCAGAAUUUAUAAUGAAAUCGGUUAUUCCAGUUGUAAUGGCUGGUAUUAUCGCUAUUUAUGGUCUAGUCGUUGCGGUCCUAAUUGCAAAUAAUAUUCAACGAGAAGGUUAUGGACUAUUCAAAGCAUUCUUGCAAUUAGGAGCUGGUUUAUCUGUUGGCUUGUCUGGUUUAGGUAUGUGCACUAGAAAGCAACUGUCAAAAAUUAAUCACCUUUAA